AUGGCGCAAUCCAAGGAAUGGCAGAGGAUGGUCUCCGGCGAGCUCUACUGGGCUUGGGAUGAGGACCUGCAAGCGAACCGCACCCGGUGCAAGGCCGCCUGUGAUGCAUUCAACUCUGCUGGGGAUGUCUCCCGACGCCGCAAGACAGAUGUGGACUCGAAAUAUCUGAUGUUUGGACUUAUCGUUGUGGAUAAACGCCCAAUGCCUCCCGUCAACCCAGAUCCAAAGGCCGACGAGGCGCUUUUUGAUGGAACGGACCCUUUUGCUGACGGACCUAUCUCAGUGGACCAUGGCUUGAACUUCAAAGUUGGCAAGGGUACUUUCCUCAACUUCAGCCUCCUCGUUCUUGACACAUGCCUCAUCACGAUCGGAGAGAACGUACUAUUUGCAAAUAGUCCCAACGUUUGCAUUUACGGUGCAACGCACCCCUUGGAUCCGGCCGUGCGACGCGGCUUGAAAGGGCUUGACGGCAGAAAAGAGGUACACAUCGAGGACGAUGUGUGGAUUGGAGGCAGUGUUCUGAUCCUGGCUGGAGUGCGCAUCGGACGGGGAAGUACUGUCGGAGCCGGCUCGGUUGUCACCAAGGAUGUGCCCCCGUUCCACUUUAGUGCGGGCAACUCGGCGCGGGUGAUUCGUCGUAUUGAUACGGACAUGGAACCCGAUCGUCAGGGAUAA